GCCAGUAUGUGGCUGUGACGUCAUCUAUAGGCGUUCGGUCCGUCGGCCUUUGCUCAUCACACAACGCCGAGCGACGCUUAGGGAAGGGUCUGUUUGGUGGUGGAUGAUGGCGCCCGCCGCAAUGGCUUCCGCCGUGCAGCCGCCUGAGAUCCAGUUCGCUCAGCGAUUGGCCGCGAACGAGAAGCGGAUUCGAGACCGGGCACUGAAAAAGCUACGAGGCUACAUAAUUCUGAGGACCCAGGAUCUGGCGGAGCACGUGGUGCUGUCGACGAAGGAGCCAGGCUCAGUGCCCGGUGGCUUCAACCAAGAAGAAUUUCUAAAAAUAUGGAAAGGACUAUUUUAUUGUAUGUGGAUGCAGGAUAAACCUCUGUUGCAAGAAGAAUUAUCAAACAAUAUAUCACAGCUGAUCCAUGUAAUAGAGAAUAUAGAUGCACGGCAUUUGUUCAUUGAGACGUUUUGGCAAACUAUGAACCGUGAGUGGAACGGAAUAGACAGACUGCGCCUUGAUAAAUUUUACAUGUUGAUUCGCAUGGUACUGAGGCAGUCCUUUGAAGUGCUGAAGAGAAAUGGAUGGAAUGAAAGUUUCACUGAACCAUUUCUGAACCUGCUAAUGAAAGAGGUUAUCCAGCCAGAGAGCAAUGCUGCUGUUGGGGUAAAACUGCAUUUUAUUGACAUCUACUUGGAAGAACUGGCUAAAGUGGGAGCUAAAGAGCUCACAGCAGACCAGAAUCUCACAUUUAUCGAGCCCUUCUGCAAAACUGCUGCCAAGACCAAAGAUCGUCAUCUGCUGCAAGCCAUAAUCCGUGGUAUCUUUGAAACCAUUGUGGAUCAGUGCCCAUUUGCUGUAGAAGAUUUAAUGAGGGAACUGAAAGCUGGUAGUGAUGAUGAUCUGUCAGAAGAUGAUGAUUGGAGUGAUGAAGAGAAUAAGCUGGUGGCCAAAGACAGGAGCUUGCCAAACAAACUUCCAUUAGAUGGUGAAGCAAAAGAAAACCUUUUAGAAGCUAAUGAUGAUAACAUUGGUCCUGUCCUUCAGUUCAAUUAUAAAAGCAUUGCCGACAUGCUGUUUGAAUUAGGCAGCAGAAAACACACACCAGCAUUCAAUAGAAAACGUCUCUAUAAACUGGUUAAAAAGUUCCAGGACCUUGCAGAAGGGACUUUUCCCCAAGACGACUUUCCUUCUGUCAAACCUCUAGAUAAAACCAAGCUGGAAAAAGAAGAUAAUGCUGGAAACAGAAAAGCUGAUAUGGAAGAAAAUGAUGGCAACACAGGGUUGCGAAAGAAGAGGAAGAAGAGAAAGAGGAAAUUGAGUCAAAGUACAGAUAUGCUUACUGCUACUGGAAGUCAUCAGAAAGAGCCAGUUGUUUUGGAAGAAUCCAAAGAGCUAAACCAGGAUGAUGAAUCAGCAAAUACAAAUAAAAGGCAAAAGAGGUUUUUAGAUAUAAAAGCAAGUGAAAAUGUCUCUACAACACAUCCUGUGGGAGGACUUAGUGGUAGCUCAGCAAAGAAGACAUUAACGUGUUUGGUAAGCAGUAUAAAGAAAAAAACAAAGAAGAAAAGUGGUAGCCUGCAGAAAGUGCCUGUAGAAACUGUCCAUCAAAAUGGGCAAGUUCCUACUAUUACAGAAGAGAUUCUUGACCACUCUGCAUCUGUAAAUCAUAUUAAUAAUAAAGUGACUAAGAAGAAAUGGAAAAAGGAGAUCGGGAUCACCUCUGAAAAUGGUUUUUCUGAAGAGGCUGUUAAGCAGCCAGAGAAGAAAAGUUGUACAGAAUUGACGUCCCCCAUGUUCCAAAAAGUUAAAUUGAGGAAAAAACAAAAAUUGGGGAUUCUGGAAAAGAUGAGAGGCUCAAGGAAGAAAAUAGUCAGAUUGAAAAAGAAAAGGAAAAUCAAUGCAAUCCUGAAUGCUGUGGAAGAAAAUGGCCUUGACGCUGAAAACAAGAAGUGCAAAACCAGCGAACCCAUUAAUCUCAUCAUGCUACAGAAAAAGAAGGCCAAGGCUGGGAACGACUUUGUGAAAUUUGAAAAGACAACUCUGCCAAAGCCGGUAUUCUUUAGAAAAGCAAAAGGAAGCAUUACUUCCAUGAAGUUGACCAAGCUACAAUCUUCCUAUUCUAAAAAGGUCACGUUUGGACUGAAUAACAACAUGACAGCUGAAUUUAAGAAGACGGACAAAAGUAUCUUAGUCAGCCCACAGGGAGCUUCACGUGUGGCUUUCAAUCCUGAGCAAAAACCACCCCACGGAGUGCUGAAGGUGAAGGUGGCUUUGAAAAUGGCCAUAUCUUAA